UCAUGCUGCUGCCAGGUCCAGAGUCUCUCAUGGGUCCCUGUACGGCCUCCCAUUGCUGCUGUCUCCAUCGCCACACUCUGCCAUGUGCCACUUUCAGGUCUCCUCACACUGCUGCUGGGUUCCAUUUUGUCAUAGGGUGCUGGCAGAUUACGGGCCUCCCAUUGCUGCUGCCAGGCCUUAAUCUGCCAUGGGCCCCUGUACCGCCUCCUCAUGCUGCUGCCAGGUCCACAGUGUCUCAUGGGUCCCUGAACCGCCUCCCAUUGCUGCUGUCUCCAUCGCCACACUCUGCCAUGUGCCACUUUCAGGUCUCCUCACACUGCUGGUGUGUUACAUUUUUUGUC